AUGGUUUCGACAAUACAGUGGCCCGAGCGCUUUGCUGACAUCAAGCGCGAAAUCGUGGUGGGAACCCCCGACUACGAGAGGCGCUUGACUGCGUCUUGGAACGAUCUUCUCCAGGAACUCGAUCAGCGCACGACAGAGAUUAUCAAUGAGGGCCCCAACGCCAUCCAUUUCCAGUACCUAGACACGCUGGUCCCUGAGCAGCUUGAUGAUAUUCGACGCGCGGGCUCUAUUGUCAUCCAUGGUGUUGUUGAAGAGAGCGAUGCUGCCGGCUGGAAGACCGCUUUAGAAGAGUUUAUCAAAGCUAACCCUCACAACGAAGGUUUUCCUGAACAGGACAAGCAAUUCUUCUUCCUUGACUGGACCCAAGCACAAGUACAAGCACGCGUCCACCCUAAUAUUCUUAAAGUUAUCACUUGGCUCAAUAACCUUUACCGUGCAAAGACAGACAAGAAAAUGGAAGGCGUCGAUCUCGACAUUCCGUUGGUAUAUGCAGAUCGGUUCCGCAUUCGACACCCUGGUGUGCAAUGGGAUGUCCACCCCCCUCACGUUGAUGGUGGUUCCAUCGAGCGCUGGGAAGACGACAACUUCCGGAGGUACUUCGCGGAUAUCUUGAGUGGCAAUUGGCGUCAGCACGACCCCUAUGAACUCGAGGGCCGCCUUGAUGCCCGCGCAUCUUUACAUGGAAGACCUGGUCAGACAACUGUAUUCCGGACCUUUCAAGGUUGGCUGGCUAUCAGGUCAAACUUCCUUUCCUUGAGUUUGGAUACGAAGGUUGAUAUCGAUUCCAGUGAGACCGCUCCUACGCAAGGCACCCUGAAAAUAUUUCCUGAUGUACUCUUAUCAAAUGCAUACACCAUCCUCCGCCCAUUCUUCCGACCGACCGUCCCCCUCGGCUCUAAGGACAUCCUCAAUCCGAAGAACUGGGUGUUAGAUAUCUCCACCCCUGAUUUCCCUGGCAUUCAGCCUCAUGACAGUGGUUGGGUCGGACCACGACCCACCCCAGAAUUGCACCCUCAUCUCAGGCUAGAGGAUACCAUGACCUCUGUGCCCAAGGUCAACCCUGGUGACAUGGUAUUCUGGCACUGUGAUGUCGUCCACUCUGUCGUGCAGGAUCACACCGGUUCAUAUAACUCUGGUGCCCACGUCAAGAAGCAGGCUGAGACUUUCCUUGCUGGUACUAGCUUCGCGAACGACGGGACGGGCCUCCCAUACGCUGGACUUGGGAACUGA